CGAUGGAAUGAGAAAAUUAUAAACGGUUUUAUCGCGACGAUAAUUGCUGAUCUACGCUUUAGCCAUACAUAUGGAUAUCGCGUCGCGUUCUACAUUUCUUGUCGAUCUAGAUGGAACCUGUUCUUCGUUACUCUCGAAUUGAUAGCACGAAGCAAGACGCCAAAUCGAGUGACUCGCGUGACGAACAGUGAUUUUUAUCGAUUUAAUAACUGUAAAUCUGUUAAUAACUGAUAUAAAAGAUUCAAGAAAGUGCUCGGUAUCAACAUUUUCUAGAGAAUAUUUACGAAAAUAUAUUUUAAUAAAUUAGGAUGCGCAAUGCUUAUAUAUACGAUUUACCGUAUGUAUCCGCGUGUUUACACUUUGUUUUCAUUAACGCGACGAAACUCGAAUAGGUCGUUACGUAUGUCUUUGCGUUAUUAUCCAUCGAAAUAUCUCGCGCAAUUAUCUCGUACGAACAAUCGACUUCGUUAUCGGUUUAUGCGGUUAACAAACUCUUGCUACUCAUAAUAAAUGCAUGUCGAGGCAAUGGUUAUUUGAAAACAGAUAAUCUCACGUGAUUUAAUUGCUCGGAAUUGGAAUGACAAGCUAGGAAUAAUAAAUUAUCUAUUCUAUAUUAUGAUAAAUAACGGACCACUAUGUCUAAUUUGUAAUACAAAUACGAUUGUCGAAUGAAAUAAUCCAAAAAAUUGAAAAUUACAACAUAUUGAUCGUUCAAUAAUAAUGCUCCGUGUAUUUCGUGAGAUUUCGUAUCGUCAUGUGAUUAAUGUCGGGAGUGUCGUGUAAAAUAUCGCGCGAUCGUAAUUAAUCGCGUUUUCGUAAGUGUUGUGUCGUGUGAGUGAAGGAAACGAAGUGAAGGAAGCUGAGAGGAGGAGGAGGCCUGGGAGGCAUCGGGCAACGGCGGAGCAACCGUGGGCUCAACAUUGUAUCAACAACUCCGCUGCUGCGCACCGUAUCGAGACGUAUCGUGAACCUGGCCGGCGGGCAGGAGGAACGCGCAGUGGCGGAAGAAAAGGAGAUGACACGCGGGGUCGCACGAGAGAACGAAGCCGCGAUCUUUCCGCGCGCGUGCAAAUAACGAUCGAGAAGAGAAACGGCCUUGGAGGCUGCGAAUGACAGCUCCUGAGCGAUCGACAGUCGCUUACGUAGCGGCCGCUUAGCGCCGACGAUUUAUUCGAGUUUCGCAAUCUCCCUCGAUCGCCAACGCCGACCGCGAUCUCGGGACACAGCUCUCCUUUAUUCGACCGUAGUAGGAAGAAGUCGAUCUCCGAUUAACGAUUUCUACCUCGUUCCUCCAAACGAAAACGCUAAAUGUAACGAAGUGACGGCACGAUGUAGCGCAGUGACCUCGAGCAAGAGGUGCGGAUUUUUCUACGUGAAUUCGAACGAGUGUGAAAAAUCAACAAGAAGUUCCCCGCGAGUAGGACCAGCGCGAAUAUGAAGACGAUGGGUGAUGUCGUCGCGGAUCCCAUCGACGAGAAUGACGGCACGGUGCAACCAUCUGGCGCGAGCAAGGAGUUUGGCCAGAGGACGUUGAGAUCCCUGAAGAGAGGAUUGGGCCGGCUCUGGAGGAGGCACCGAGGCAACGCAUCGAUAACCGAGUACGAUCCCUCUUACAAGGUCGCAUAUCUCGGAAACGUUUUAACCGGAUGGGCCAAGGGUGAAGGCUGCGUCGAGAAGCCCGUAUCUACCCUGUGGCGAAACUACGUAACCAGCAGCAGACCGGACGUCUCGAUGAGGUUGACGGUGACCAACGGCGGUCUGACCGCGACCACCAAAGACCACGGUCUCACUGAGUACUGGGCUCACCGUGUAACUUACUGCACGGCCCCGGCUUCUCACCCGCGGCUCUUUGUUUGGGUGUACCGACACGAGGGCCGUAGAUUGAGGCCCGAAUUGAGGUGUCACGCAGCCUUGUGCAGCAAAGAGUCCACCGCGAAGAGACUCGCCUCGAUUCUGAAUGCCAGGCUGCAGCAGGCGCUCAUGGAAUUCCGCCGGGACAAGGUCUCCAGGCAAAACGCCAGGUUGUCUCUGGCGAAUGCGUUGUACGACAAUCCGUCGUUGCCGCGUAGGAAACUUCUUCUGAGUACCGGUGGCCAAAACUAUCGGCCACCCUUGGAGAGGUCGAAGAGCGCGCCCAAGCUAUCGGCAAUCGAGGAAGACACGGUGGCUGAGGAGAUGGAGCAGAAGAGGCUGUUGGAGGAAUUGCGUUCCUUGGAGAACGUGGCACGCAGCUGGGAAUAUCAAGACAGCUGGAGAUUAGCCAGACUGCUGGAUGUUCUGAAUCACGAGUCCGAUGAAAACGGUAGCAUCUCCAGCGGAUGCGAAACCGCCAGCACGGCGACCAGCGAAGAGAGAGCCACCGGCCCGGAGGAGCAUCUCGCGCAGAAUCAAAACGAUCAGCGAGGAUCCAUUAAAAGGGUUAUCUUCUCGGAGGAUCGAGUCAGCAGCAUGGGGCCGCGAAGAAAUUCGGAGGGCUCGCCGCACUUCAUGACUUGCGCUGGCAGUCCCCGUUUCAAUUCUGUAGAUCCCAUGAAGAGGUUUCCUUUGAGAAGCGAGGAGGAAGAAUCGAUGGAGGAAGAGGAAGAGGAAAUGGAAGACACCGCUUCAAAUAUGUUCGACUUUGAAGACGUCGAGGAUCUCGACGAUGUAGUAGAUUAUCGACCGAGAGGGGAGAUGCUAAAUAGAAUUAGCGAAGAUCCCCAGAAGAGGGAGAGGCGAGCGAACGAGAAGUAUCCUGGCAGAAUAGGUCACGAGUUUCUGCAAAAUGAGGAGACUUCGUUUCUUACUUUAGAUUCUCUUGACGAAGAAACCGACAGCGAUGAGAGCGGCUACGUGGAAGCGCCACCAAAGUCUUUACUAGGUCAAGACGACAAGAAGGAAGAAGAAGAAAAUGAGCAUCUGCGAUUAGAACCGUUUAUGAAUAAAAAAGAGGAUAAAUCGGAAUUGGUAACGUGUAGAACCGAUGGCAGCGAGAAUCAGAGAACGAAAUACGAGGAUUCUAAAAUAGACAAGCAGGAGGAGAAAAAAGUAGCAAAGAAAGAUUCCUUAUCGAUGGUCAACGAUAAUCAAAGAAUCAAGAACAAGGAAAGGGAAAAGGAAAGAGCGGACUUUAAUUAUCCUAAAUCGGAAACUAUUAGAAAGUUGGCCAGCGCGUCACUAAGGAAUUCCAAAUCUUUUGAGAUGGCGAGCAAUAACUGUAUGAACAUCCUAAAUAAUUUUAAAACCUCAAAGUCAUUUGACAGCGUAAAGAACGAUGAAAUUAUCGUAGAUUCACCGAGUCUUCACCAAAGGAAACAAUUGUUGGCACAACGUGGUGUCAUGGUUUGAAAUGUCCCUUUCGAGCCAAAUAUUUUUUUCAAUUCUAUAUUACGAAUUGAAAGGAAGUUAAUAAAUAAUCUGUCGUU